UGCUGCCUCUCCACCCCACCAAAACAAACACUGCAAAAUGCCUCUUGGAUAGCAUCAUAGUGAGGGAAGCGUCACAUUGCUCUCCUCUUCUCUUCGCUCAACAGAUUGUCUAUUUGAUUGCUUAUCCAUCCAGGAAAUUUUGUGAUCUGCUCACUUAAAUUACUUUCUCAAAGCUUUAGAAUCACCAAAACAUGGGUCCACGCUCGCCUCUGGAGGUCUACACCUCCUCAGUCUUGCGCCUUGUCAAGGAGGAGGCGUCUUACCACCGCGAGGAACAAGAUCAAAAACAACGGAUCCAGCGGAUGGAAGGCGAAGAAGGAGAUGAGAACAAGGAGUUUUUGUUGAAUCAAGAGCGUCUGGCACUCGAGGAAACCAGAAAGGUCUUCCCCAGCUUGAAGCUGAAAAUCGAAGACAACGUGAAAACUCUUGAACAUCUACUGACUGAGGAGGGCAAGAAGGGCCCCGAAAGCAACGUCGAGCAUAUCACUGCUGCCAAAGAGGCCAUUGCAAAGGCUAAGUCGGCUGAGCGGGAGAUCUCUUAA